CUGAAAUACCACGACAACCACGAUCCUUUUGUUCCUGCUCCCCCCUGCACACGUCUCUCUCGCUCUCUCUGCAUUUCCCCCUGCUACACACACACACACACAAACAUCGGUAAUAUAGUAUGCAGACAACCACCCGUGCAAUUACAUUGUCACAGAAUACAUGCAGCCACAGACUGAGUCGGCGUAGGCCACAGAGAGGAAACCCAUGUGUGCAGUCUGCGGCUUCUUCUGUGUCAGACCCUGUAAAACACGUUAGGAACCAGGGGUCGUUUAAAAGUGACUGAUUUACGGGUUUUAUUGCUCUAUAAAACGCCUCUAACAUCCUCGCUAGAGGUAAUAGAAAUGUCGGCGCGCAUUCUGUACAAACAGCAGUGCCAGAAACUAUGCUAUUCACCUGUUUUUAAAACCCAUAUUAUGUAAUUGUCACUGUGAAAAUAGACACACCCCCUAACUUGCAAUGUGCGGCUGCUGCUGCUGCUACUGCUGGACGAUUAUUGUGACUGUUCUUAAGUUAAUACGGAUCUUUACAAUCCUACAACUGCAUAAGGACUUUAUGUUUCUAUGAAAGAUGAGUGAUAUGAAGUCUUAAUGUUUCUGUUUCGCUGCUACAGAGUUAACUUCUCUCUCUUUGACCAAAGCUAGGAAUGAAGAACAUAGAGCACAUGCCAAAUGAAUACAUUAAUACUUUACAAACAAUAGUCAGGAUCAGCAUAUAAUAUUUGGAGGCUUCUGAUUUUUUUUUUCGCUCUAAAGUGCCUGUAGUUUUGCUCAUGUUUUCUAAACGUCAUUUACACAAAUGAGUUUAUUUCUGCACAUCUGUAUGAGUUUGAUCAUAGAUGCCCUUUAGAGGUGUCUCUCUUAUCUGUUGUGACAGUCCACAGGCAGAUUGUGAUAAGUUUCUUCACUACUUUCAUUUUUCAUGUGCUUUUGUUUGGGCUGUAACAAAGCACAAAAGCACAAAAGCACGUCUUCCAAGUAAAAUAUGAGGAUUUUGACAACUGUAAACAGUCUGGACCCCAAUGUUUAGUCUGAAAAGCUUUGAUUGUGUUAGAAAAAUACAAACACUGGUUUGGUUUGACUGAGUUUAUUUAUUUCAUUAUUUCUCUCUAUGCACAAGCAUAGACAUGGAGUCUUCUUUGGCAGGACUGUGUAACUCAGUGUUGAGGGUGGACAGCUGCUUCAAAAUGCAACACAGAAACCAGCCCUGUAACUUCACAGUGACACAGUCCUGGCCCACUGCAGUUCAGUCAGCAGAUGAUAAUGUGCUGCUGCUCUCUGCUAUGUGACACCAUGAUGGUGCGGCUCUGCCCGGUUGUCAGAUUAGUGACACCACAGUGGUGGUGCUGUUCUGUGGCUGUGGCUUGAUGUCACGUCGGUGGCUCGGUGUUAGCCUGGUCUGUUGGCAGGAGCUCUUCUUGUUUGGUGUGUGACAUCAGCUGCUCUGUGUUGUCUCUCUGUGAGUUCUCCACUGUUUUGGUUGGCAACGUCACAGAGCUCAUAUAUUACCGAGCACAUGUAGGAGGGUUUUCAUGUGAUUUAGUUGCAUCUCUCUGAAUUAGAGAAGUUCAAUUCAUGGUUUCCUUUUUACCAUUUAUGAUGACCAUCAUUUUUGUUAUCAAAUGUUUAUUAUUUUAGAAAAUCAAGAAGCCAGAGCAGGUCUUUGAAUGACAAAGAGUGUCAAUAAUAUGUUAUUAUGUUAUUAUAUGUUAUACAUUUAUGUACACAUACAUGUUCACACUGACACUUACAGAUGAAGACCAUCAUGUUUAUUUGAGUCCUUAUCUGUUCAUUGUCUUUGCUGUGCAUCUUUUAGAAUAAGUGGCAUUUUAGUUUAAGAUGUGUACAAAUCAAUAUCAUUCCAUCUUUUACACAUGUUUUUCAAACAUGUACAAAUGUCUUUUUUAUGCAUAUGUGACAUUCAAAACAGCUUUUAAAAUAAAUAAACAUUCACUUUAACUUGAGCUUUUAUUUGUGCCCUUGUCAGUUAACCUUUUAAACAAUAUAUAUAUGUGCAUAUAUAUAUAUAUAUAUGUAUAUAUACAUGUAGACCCCUUUGCUGAAAGAAUAUAGAACAACUAAACAAAUCAAAGGUCUCAUAAUUAAAUUUCCAGUUUUUAUUUUUUGCAGUCUGACUCUUCCUGAUCACCUCUCGUGGACGUAAUAAAUGAUCAGGCCUAUUUUCAGAAAUCAACCACACCUCCAGAGCCUCUCACAACUCCAGUCCUAUUUAGUAACACAGUAAAACCUAUUAAAUAACAGAGCUGCAAUCCUGUUAGGGACAGAAACUUGCAGAAGUGAUGCAGCUCUCAUUGUUAAGUGUAUGAAUGAAGCGUAAUGUGUUCCACAGCCGAGGCACUGCUGCUGGUAAAGACUGCACCUUCAUUAAUUAGUAGAUAACCUUUAUAUAAAGCGUGCAGCUAACAAAAUGAUUGGUUUGCUAUUGUUGUACCUUAUCCUUGGCGAAUCACCUAUUGUCCCCUUUGAAUAAUUGAGACUAGCACAUCUUGCCUGUUUUUAUUUUUUCCUUGGUCAGCAACUAGCUACUAGUUUUGUCCCCAAGAUCAAUUGCUUUGGUAACACAACCAGAGAGAGGGGGUGUGAGAGAGAGCGAGCGAGAGAGAGAGAGGAAAGGGAGAGAGAGGGAGAGGGAAAGGGAGAGAGAGAGAGGUUGGUACCCACAAUGGCGACUGUAGGUAUGCUAAAUACCUCUGGUUCCUUAUCCGGGAACUACCUCUUCCUCUGCUAUUGGGCCAUUGAGUCACGUGGUAAAAGUAACUUUACAGGGCUGCUCGCAAGUAGGAGGGCUUUAUGGAGCAGAAAAACGACAAAGCUAGAAAAAUUAUUUUCCACUCCAGAAAUUAAUGAUCAUGAGCUCGUAUUUGAUGGAGUCUAACUACAUUGAUCCGAAAUUUCCUCCAUGCGAGGAAUAUUCGCAAAAUAACUACAUCCCCGAGCACAGUCCAGAAUAUUACAGCCGCGCAAGGGACCCUGGCUACCAGCAUCACCACCAGGAGUUAUAUCCUCCGCGGGCGAGCUACCAAGAGCGCCAGUAUAACUGUGCAAGCAUCCCCGAACCUGACACGCCACGGGGACAUGGAAUAUCCCACUCUGCGCACCUGCUGACAGGGAAAGGGCAGCCUGCUUCAUGUGAAACCCCACAGUUGUCCAUGUCCCCCGCCACCCCACCGGCCGCAGCCUCCGCCUGCAACCAAGCCACCCCGGAGCAUCCAAACAGCACAGCCUCCUCCAAACAGCCCGUGGUCUACCCGUGGAUGAAGAAAAUUCACGUCAGCACUGUGAACUCUGGUUACAAUGGGACGGAGCCCAAGCGGUCUAGGACAGCAUACACCCGGCAGCAGGUCUUAGAAUUGGAGAAGGAAUUCCACUAUAACCGGUAUUUGACUCGGCGGAGGCGCAUCGAGAUUGCACACACCCUGGUUCUCUCCGAGCGACAGAUUAAAAUCUGGUUUCAGAACCGCAGGAUGAAAUGGAAAAAGGACCACAGGCUGCCGAACACCAAAGUGAGAUCCACCUCCUCCUCCUCCGGGUCCAACACAGGCACAGCAGCCGGCGCUGUUGCCGCUUCCUCGGCCACCACCACUGGGGCCCCCGACGAACUCUCCGGAGCACAGCAUGGCGAGGAUAUUACCAGGCACAGAAAGGCAGACUGCUCUUUGAAAUGUUGUCUGAAGAAACACCGAGGAAGCUUCUUCGUGCUCGCCAGUGGAUUACUUUGCAACUCCAGAGCUCAGUCAUUGGAGGACGGCCACACGUGACACUGGCACCCUUCUGUUCCAGGUUGAGCCCAGAUGAACAGUUUGAGAGGCCACUGGAGCCUCUGGUUCACUGCCAUGCCAAGGGUAAGCUGGACAUCAAGAGCAGGAGCUGCAGUCUACUCACCAUCUGCCACUCUGGAGUUAUUUUUCCCUGGAUGAAUUCACGGACAACUGACUCUGAACAAUCUGUGAGCGGUGGUGGUGGUGGUGGUGGUGUGCCAGGCGGUCGACAUGGCAAAGGGGCGAGGAGAGAGAGAACAGCUUUCACCAGCAGCCAGCUGCUGGAGCUGGAGAAGGAGUUCCACUUCAGCCCUUACCUGCGUCGCCCUCGGAGGCUGGAGAUGGCCGCCGGGCUGCAGCUCACUGACCGCCAGGUCAAGAUCUGGUUUCAGAACCGCAGGAUGAGGUACAAGAAGGAGC